GAAGCAUCUCGUGCACCUGUUGUGGUUCUGCAUCACUGCACAGCUGUAUAUAAGCUGUGGCAAUUUCUGCCUCGAAACACACCCAACCACCUACUGACCUCCAUCAGACAUGAAGCUGCUGCUGACUGCCUGUCUGACCUGGGCUGUGCUCUACACAGCGGAGUCGCUGCGCUGCCAUGUGUGUACAGACGCAACAUGUUUCAACUCGACCUCACAGGACUGUCCUGCCACGAGUACAGUCUGCAAGACUGUCACUUCCGUGAUUUUUACGGGUACAUCCGUAAGUGGGACAAUCAACAAAACUUGUUCAUCACUGCUGUCCUGCGCCACUCCUCUCGGCAUAGAGACUGAAUGGUCUGUGAACCGAGGUUUCGCACGGGAAUCCCACACUCAGCUUUGCUGCGUCACCGACAACUGCAACAUCCAGACACUGGCUAUUCCUAAUCCUGCACCAAAUGGGAAGCAGUGUCCUGGCUGUGCUAGCUCAGCUGACAGCUUGGCAGGGACCUGCAACGCAACUGUGUCUUGUAUGGGAGCUGAAGACAGCUGCUUCAGUGGCAACACUACAUCAAACUCCAAAGAUGUGUUGCAGCUCGGCUGUAUCUCCAGAAACCUCUGCAGCAACCUGGCUGCUAUAGAAUCUCUGCUCGGUAGUAACCCCAGGAUCACAUGUGGAGCGCCAUGGAGCGCCAAGAUCAGCGCUGCGCUGCUGGCCUUCGCUCUGACGGCGUAUAAAGCUCUUGUUUAGAUAAUUCAAACAACCUGCUCACACACAUACAGUAUAUGAACAGACACAGCUGCUUAUAAUCAGGCAUAGAAGUGUAAAAGUGCUUUCUCUGUAGUGGUACAUACACCUAACAUACGAGAUGAAGAAGAUAUUUUGCACAAUACUUGUUGAUUUCAGUCGGAAAUAACAAUAAUACACACUGUUAUGAAGUAUAAGUGAAAGUGAUCUCAGACCUUUGGACCUCGCACACACACACACACACACACACACACACACACACACACACACACACACACACACAGAUCAAAUCAUGCACAUGCAUAACAGGCACACCCAUAUACUUUGACGCAAUCAUACAGAGAUUAAAUCACAGGCAUGCAGGUGAACAGUUACGCUUAUUGCACAUAGCACAUGUUGCAGUCCACACUAUGCUAUGAGUGCACACACACUGACAACCACUUGCUGUCUGUCUAAUCUUCAUAUCAGAGACAGAGAUUAAAACAGACUGAGUGCAGCGUUGAGGAUGAGGAGAGUGUCUAUAUCUGACAUGGUUUAUGAUCACAAAUGUUAGUGAGUUUAAAGCAUAUAUUAUAAUAAUAACUCUAAAGUAACAUGUAUGGCAAUAGUUUACUAUUGCAGCUGAGCAGAGCAGCUUUUUAGAUAUUUUCAGACGUGUGAUAACUGUUGUGUAAUUGAUCCUCAGUUUCAAAAUAAAUUUAUCCUUCGUCAAGCAA